AUGUGCAUUACAUUUUUGUAUACACGUGAUGUUGACUCAUCUAGUAACUAUAAGUUAAUAUUAAUAAACAAUCGUGAUGAGUUUUAUGCACGUAAAACAUUAAAAGCAAAGGUGAAAAUUGAUGAAGGUUUAAUUCAGAUUUUUGGGACUGAUGUAGAAGGUUUGAUUCAUGGAACAUGGCUGGCCAUAUCCAAAAAGAAUGGUGUAAUUAAGAUAGGAAACUUGUUAAAUUUACCCGGCGAAAAAGUUUUACGUAAGAAGACUGAACUUCAAGGUCGUGGACCAAUUGCAUUGGAUUUUAUACGAGGAACGGAUGCGAUCGAAGUUCACAAUAAGAAAUUAUGUGACGUGUCUACAAACUAUAAUAGCUUUAACUUCUUAUCAGUUGAGAUAACAACAGAGUAUAUCAAAACACUCUUCACAAAUAAUGCUACUCAAUCAUAUGUUGAAUUAAAGCCUGGAGUUGCAGGGGUGUCUAAUUCCCCAAUCAGCACACCAUUAAAGAAAGUUGUAGCUGGAGAGAAGAAAUUUCAUGAAAUAAUUCAGGACUAUGAGGCUAAAAAUAAGGACUUAUUUAUCGAUCAACUUAUGAAUCUCUUGAAAUGGAGUCAAAAGCAUUAUCCAGACGAUGAACUCUUGAGGAGACGAGGCAAAGAAGCAGAAUUCUUUUCUAGUAUUCAUGUAAGUGGACAUGACCUUUACGGAAGUAGAACUCGUACUAUUAUAUUAGUAGAUAAAUUUGAUAACAUUGACUACAUAGAAGAAACGAUUACAAAUUUCGAUGACCCCGAUAAUCCUAUAUGGGAAAGAACUCGUUUUUUAAUUGAAGACGAUUCAGUUAUUCAGUGUUCAUGA